AAAGCGAAUAGCUGGGUAAGCUAUUGUGCCUAGUAUCAAAACAAUGGAGGCAGCGCAUACGUGGCCAAAGGAUGUUGGGAUUAUCGCCUUGGAGAUUUACUUUCCAUCACAGUACGUCGAUCAAUCCGAGCUAGAGGAUUUUGAUGGCGUGUCGAAGGGAAAAUACACAAUUGGUCUUGGCCAAUCAAAGAUGGGCUUUUGUAGCGAUAGAGAAGACGUGCAGUCACUAUGUUUGACUGUACUGCAGCGUCUUGUGGAACGGAACAAUCUAUCCUACGACAUGAUUGGGCGCUUAGAGGUUGGCACGGAAACCGUGAUCGACAAGUCGAAGAGUGUCAAGACUGUGUUAAUGCAGCUGUUUGAAAGCAGCGGGAACUGCUCAGUGGAGGGUAUAGAUACAACUAAUGCGUGCUACGGUGGAACCGCAGCAUUGUUUAAUGCAUUGAAUUGGGUUGAAUCCAGCUCCUGGGAUGGCAGGUAUGCCGUUGCAAUUGCCGGUGACAUCGCGGUUUAUGCAACAGGAAAUGCGCGAUGUACAGGAGGAGCAGGAGCUGUGGCCAUGCUGGUUGGACCCAAUGCAUCCCUUAUGGUGGAACGUGGUCUGCGAGGGACGUACAUGUGCCAUGUCUAUGACUUCUACAAGCCUGACCUGUCGUCCGAGUACCCCGUGGUGGAUGGCAAGUUGUCUAUUAAGUGCUAUCUACGAGCACUCGACAACUGUUAUCAACAAUACCGCGCCAAAGCCCAGGCAGUGAUGGAUAGAGAGAAAAAUGGCUCUGUGUUCAGCCUGGAUUGCAUAGAUGCGAUGUGCUUUCACUCACCCUACUGCAAACUUGUACAGAAGUCUGUUGCACGACUUGCACUCAAUGACUUCGUACUAGAAGCCAACCCAGACCUUACUGGCAAGUACACAGGACUGGAUCAGUUCAGGCACCUCAAGCUAGAGGACACCUACUUCGACCGAGAUGUGGAGAAGGCUUUCCUCGCCGCUAGCAGUCAGCUCUACGAGACAAAGACGAAACCUGGACUGAUGCUUGCCAACCAAGUGGGGAACAUGUACACGCCAUCUCUCUAUGGUGGUCUGCUCUCAUACCUGGCCAGCAAACCAGCAAGUGAAAUGGCAGGAAAGCGUGUGUCGUUGUUCUCGUAUGGCUCUGGCUCAGCUUCGUCAUUCUACUCACUUCGUGUGUCUACUGAUUUGAAACCUGGUUCACCACUUAACAGGCUCGUGGGCAGUAUAGCUAACCUGGAGGACAGACUAGCUGCUCGCACGAAGCUGUCUCCACCCGAAUUCGACUCUGUGAUGAAGCUACGAGAGAAAACCCACCAUUUAGCUCCGUACUCUCCGCAGGGUAACCCAGACGCCCUGUUCCCUGGCACCUGGUAUCUGACAGAGAUAGAUGAAAUGUACAGACGCAAGUAUGCGCGCACGCCUCUGCAUUCUGACGGCAGAGGUGACGUGGCUGAAGGUGCAGGCAGUGUUGAAGCUGUACAGUGAGGAUCGAAAGGCUUAGCUCUUGUCCUGAGCUGCAUAUUGAAUCGGGCUUUGGAACACAAUGUAGUUGCUCAAGAACUGACAUCUCCCAAGAUGGACACCUUGAUGGGCGGAAUUUUCUCUUUUUUAAACGACUGUAGCGCUAGAUAUACUUCUUAGUAAGCAAUCAGUAAAAGGUGGCACCACAUAGGCAUGGGUUAAAUAUGAGAAGUUGCACAAACCAACCCUGUUCAAAGUUAAAUCGGGUGAAGUAGGGAACAUUUUCCAGGGUAUUGUUUUAAAUGACAUAUUCUCAUGAUCUAUACAACACCUUUUUUAAGUCCUUGUGCUUUUAAAUGCGCGACAUAUCCUUAUAAUGUAUUGACCAUUUAUCCAUUACUAAUGCCAGCUGAGUGAUAUUAGGCUGAGUGGCCAUGGUUUGUGUCGGUGUAGAAAGUUGGUCUCAUUACACACUAGUAUUAUCUACUGUAUGUAGACAUGUAGUGAGCACGGUGUCGUCAUAUCAUCGUUCUUGUUAUGCAUUUAUGCGAAGUUUUCAUCUGCAAAUGUGAUACUAGAUGCGUGCCAGAGUUGUUCAUGCGACUAUUACGUUGUUCAUGUGAAUACGUUCUGAACGUGGCAGAAGAUGCAGUGCUUUCAUUUGGGUGCUUCUGAGCUAUUGAGUAAUAUUUUUGUGACAACAUCUUUCAAAAUAAAGAUGCAUGUAUUCUUUACUGUAUAGGCCCUGAUUAUAGAUGAUGUAUUAAAAUUUUAGAAAGGCUACGUUUUCAAAAGAUA